CAGGGCAGAUCGUGUGGAUGGUGUGGGUUUGACUCGGGUGAAUUUGAGACGUGUUAUUUUUAAUGAUCUGCCUCUAAAUCCCACAGCAGCAGUUAUUCCGGUACUGGAUUAAUCCGGUUGCGUGCGCGCGAUGAGCGGAAGUGAAUUGUCUCUGCAGGCUCUGUCCUGGCGGAAGCUCUAUCUGAGCCGGGCGAAGCUCAAAGCCACGAGCCGCACUUCGGCUCUGCUGUCCGGCUUCGCCAUGGUCGCAAUGGUGGAGGUUCAACUGGAUACGAGUCACGAUUACCCCCCUGGUCUGUUGAUCGCGUUCAGUGCAUGCACCACCGUGUUGGUUGCGGUUCACCUCUUUGCUCUGAUGAUCAGCACCUGCAUCUUGCCCAACAUCGAGGCCGUGAGCAACGUACACAACCUGAACUCGGUGCGUGAAUCUCCACAUGAACGCAUGCACCGACACGUCGAGCUGGCCUGGGCCUUCUCCACCGUCAUCGGCACGCUCCUCUUUCUUGCCGAAGUCGUCCUCCUCUGCUGGGUCAAGUUUCUACCAAUCAGGCCCAAGAAUCAGAAAAACGGCACGAUCUCGGCCGGGGUGGCCGCCGCUAUCACCUCCACUUCCAUCAUGGUGCCGUUUGGCCUCAUUUUCAUCGUGUUUGCAGUCCAUUUUUACCGCUCGCUCGUCAGUCACAAAACCGACCGUCAGUUCCGGGAGCUGGAGGAGCUGGAGGAUCUUACACGGCUUCAGAAUGAGCUGGACCAAAGAGGAGAAACGUCAGCCCUGCACUCUCCGACCACCCAGUAGAGGGACGUCUUGACCAUCCUGAGUCUGCUUUGUAUGUCUAUGUAUUUGCUUCUGCAUGUGGAUUUAAAGGUAUUGAUGAAAUCUAAAAUGCAGCUAUUUUAUUUCAUCGUGUAUGCAUUUCAUCAUACCUGCUUUUUUUUUU